AAUUAUUUCUUCCCCCACAACCGCCAAACGACAGCCCUUUCAGUCUUAGGCUCCUCAAAACGACGACCCAAUAAGCACACACUUUGAAUCUCUCUCUUUCUACCUAAUUUCUUCCGAUUAUCCCUCUCCCUGUCUAUCUCUUCAUCUCUUGUUUUUCAAUUCAAUUUUCUUCUGUAAUCUCUGCUUCAUACAUUAUCAGUUCAGAAGAACAUAUAUUCCAUUCAUUCAAAUUCUUUUGCCAGUUUAUUUUAUUUUUUUAAUUUAUUCUUUCUGGGUUCUCUGUGAUCUCAAAUUUUUUGUCUUUUCGUUCUGGUUCAACGCCACAAGCGCCCUGAGCUUCGAGGUCGAUUUUUGGGGUUUUUUUGAAGGAUGCUAACGACAUGAUGAAUCAAGGAGGUAACACACAGACCGUAGCUGCACUGGACCCUAGUUCUGUUGAGAAUCGUUAUGUUGUUGGUGCAAGCCAAGCACAGACAUCUUUCUAUCCUUCUUCAGUGACGGGUACAGACCCUGCAUCUUGGAAUGUGCACAGGGUGGAAAGUCACUCCACAGAGAAUGGGAACACUUCGAAUUCUACUUACCACCAUGUUCAGCAUAUGGAUCCAUCCACAAGAACUGUUCAAGAUGGAACAAAUUCAGCAGCCGUUGCCAGUUCAUCAAGCUUAGGAACAGCAAAUGUCCAACAAGAUUACAGUAACUAUGCAUCAUACCCAAGUUCUACUGAUCCUUAUGGAUAUGGGUCCACAGGAUACCCAGGUUACUAUAAUGGUUAUCAGCAGCAACCUAACCAUUCUUACUCUCAGCCAGUAGGGGCAUAUCAAAAUACAGGUGCUCCUUAUCAGCCUCUUUCCUCGUUUCAGAAUACAGGGUCUUAUGCUGGGCCUGCAAGUUAUACAAGCACUUAUUACAAUCCUGGUGAUUAUCAGACAACUGGAGGUUACCCAAGUAGCAGUUAUAGUCAUCAGACUACGACGUGGAAUGAAGGCAAUUAUGCAAAUUACUCAACUCCGCAAUAUUCAAGCUACGCUUCAGACACAACUGGUGCUUAUGCUUCUGGUAAUCUUGCUACAACAUCAUUACAGUAUCAGCAGCACUACAAGCAGUGGGCAGAUUAUUGCAAUCAGACUGAAGUUAGUUGUGCUCCUGGGACAGAAAAUUUGAAUGUUUCUACUGCAUCUAAUCAGGUGUGUCAGGUUCCUGGAGUUAGUGGUGGAUAUACGACUUCAAACAGCCAAAACACCCCAUCUUUUACCCCAUCUUGGAGGCUGGAUUCUAGUUCAUCUCAAGUGUCCUCUCAAAUGCCCUCUCAAACACUCCCUCAAGCACCCUCUCAAACAUCCUCAUUGCAGCCUAGUGUGGCAGUUAGUGGUGCUUAUGAUAAUUACUGGAAACAUGGUACUCUUAGUUUUCAAAAUCAGCAAGUAAGUCCCAUGCAGCCACAUUUUCAGAAGCCCUUAGAGCCAAAAACUUCUUAUGACAACUUUCAGGAACAACAGAAAACUGCAUGCCCUCAAGUUCCCAAUUUACAAUAUGCUUCGUCUCAUCAGGCAGCCCAAAGUUACCAGCCGCCCUUGCAACCUGUUCCAUCAUUAGAUUCUCGGAGAACAAGCAAACUUCAGAUUCAAACAAACCCUAGAAUUGCUUCAAAUUUACCAUUGGGUUUACAAAAGACCGAUAAGGAUGGCUCUAACAACAAUGCAGCAGCAAAACCUGCUUAUAUCAGUGUUUCAUUUCCAGUGUCCAAUGAGAAAGUAUUGCCCAAUAAUGCAGCUGAUUCUGUACUUAAGCCUAGUACAUUCCCUAAAUCAUUGCGGGGUUAUGUUGAAAGGGCAUUGGCUAGUUGUAAAGAUGAUACACAAAAAGCAGCUUGCCAAGCUAUCAUGAAGGAGAUCAUUACUAAGGCAACAGCUGAUGGCACACUUUGUACAAGAGACUGGGAUAAUGAACCUCUCUUUCCACUACCAAAUGCAGAUGUCGUCAAUAAGGACACUUUGCAGAGUUCAAUUUCUGCUUCAUUACCAAAAUAUAAGAGGAGUCCUUCUAGACGAUCCAAAAGUAGGUGGGAGCCUUUACCAGAGGAGAAAUCAGUUGACAAAUUGGCUUCUGUAAAUAAUGACACUGCAAAAUUUGGUAGUUGGAUUCAUGCAAAUGAGAAGGAUAAAAAGCCUGUGAGUGCAAAUUUGGAGAGUAAGAAUGAUGGUCUUGGUGCUACCAGAUUUUCUCUAAUGGAGCAGAAAUCUGCAACUAAAACUUUCCGGAGGCCAGUUAAGAGGCAGUGUCUCAUUGAUGGAAAUGCUGCUGAUAAUGGUGAUGCCUCAAGUGAUAGUGAUAAGGACCAAAAUUUAACAGCAUAUUACUCUAGUGCAAUUGCACUUGCUGAUUCCCCAGAAGAAAGAAAGAGGCGUGAAAAUCGCUCUAAGCGUUUUGAUAAAGGACAAGGGAAUCGAGCAGAAAUUAAUCACUUUAAACCAAAAAAUAUUGGCACUGGAAACUUGUAUGCUAGAAGGGCUAGUGCUAUGGUGCUUAGCAAAAGCUUUGAAGAUGGUGGCAGCAGGGCUGUUGAAGACAUUGACUGGGAUGCGCUGACUGUAAAAGGCACCUGCCAGGAAAUUGAGAAACGAUAUUUGCGUCUUACUUCUGCACCUGAUCCUUCCACUGUAAGACCAGAGGAAGUUCUAGAGAAGGCUCUGCUUAUGGUCCAAAAUUCCCAAAAGAACUACCUUUACAAGUGUGAUCAAUUGAAGUCUAUUCGCCAAGAUCUAACUGUACAACGAAUACGUAAUCAGCUGACAGUUUAUGAAACUCAUGCUAGAUUGGCACUGGAAAAUGGGGACCUGCCUGAAUAUAAUCAGUGCCAAUCACAGUUGAAAAUCCUUUAUGCUGAAGGAAUUGAGGGAUGCCAUAUGGAAUUUUCUGCUUACAACUUACUUUGUGUUAUUCUGCACUCCAAUAACAAGAGAGAGCUCCUAUCAUCAAUGGCAAGAUUAUCUGAGGAAGCAAAGAAGGAUAAAGCAGUUCAACAUGCGCUUGCAGUUCGUGCUGCUGUGUCUUCAGGAAAUUAUGUUUUGUUCUUCAGACUAUACAAGAGAGCACCUAACUUGAACACCUGCCUUAUGGAUCUAUUUGUUGAGAAGAUGCGUUAUAAGGCAGUGAGCUGCAUGUCUCGGUCAUAUCGCCCUACAGUAUCUGUUUCAUACAUUUCUCAGGUUCUGGGGUUUGCUAGUAGUGUGCCUUCAGGUGAAGAAAGUGAUGAGAAGGAUUCAGAUGGAUUAGAGGAAUGUGUAGAAUGGUUGAAGACACAUGGUGCAUGUCUUGUUGCAGAUAGUAAUGGAGAGAUGCAGUUUGAUGCAAAGGCUUCAUCUUCUAGUCUCUACAUGCCAGAACCUGAUGAUGCUGUAGCUCAUGGAGAUGCUAAUCUUGCAGUUAAUGAUUUUUUGGCACGAACUUCAUCCUAGCUAAGGUAUUCUCCACCCUUUAUUGCAUUUAAAUCCAUUUCAAUCAGAAGUACAACGGAGAACAUUGGAACCUUUUUUCCAGAAUUACCAGGUAGUCUGAGGAAGUUAAGCCUGCAGGUGAUGUGUUGCCUGUAACUUAUAGGGAGGGUAGAUCAAAGUUGUAUAAAUUGAAAUACUAAUGAGAGAAUUUAAUUUCCCCCCCUAAAUGAUCUUUAGGUGCUUAGGAUGGCAGGGGGGUUGUGGCACUGCCAAGCAUUGUAGUGUUUGGUCCUCAUCUUUUUGGAACAUCAAUUCAUUCUUUUUUGGUGAGAAAAUAGAUGUACUUGAGGAAGAAGAAAAUAAGGAAAAUGACUAGAA